CAGCCAGCCCACCCACUUGCCUGCAAGCCCUUCUCUUCUCCUUCCUCUCUCGACCUCGCUCACAGCUCACCCUCGCUGCCUCUCGCUCUCUGCCUCCCGCUCUCUGCCUCCUCUUCUCUUGCUCGUCCGCUCGUGCUUGCCCUCGCUCUCUGCCUCUCUCUUGCUCUCGCUCGCCCUCGCUGGGUCUCUCUUGCUGUCGCUCGCCCUCGCUCUCCGCCUCUCUUGCUGUCGCUCGCCCUCGCCCUCGCUCUCGCUCUCUGCCUCUUUUGCUCUCGCUGCCUUUCUCUUGCUCUCGCUCUCGCUCGCCCUCGCUCUCUGCCUGAUUGCCUCUCUCUUGCUUUCGCUCGUCCUCGCCCUCGCCCCCACGCUCGCUCGGCCAGUCGGCUUCGCCCUCUUGCUCGAUGCCCUGCUUCUGAUUCAGGUCUUCGUUUUACCCUCCCAAGCUUCCAGAUUUGCUUCAUUCGAGCCCAGCUGCCCAGUAAUCUAGCUGGAAACUCCUUUUGAAGAGAACUUUUUGAUAUAAAUCAUGGUAGGCUGGCAUAGGCAUUUGCAGUCUGUACUCCGACAGGCUGGGAAAAGAUUGCAUCACAAUUACAGUGCUGCUGUUAGCUUCUCUUGUCAUCACUCAAAGGCUUCUGUUGUACCUGGGGUGUUUCCUAAUUUAUAUGGCCUGCAAACUUCACCUUCCAUAAACAUCUCAAGGCCAUUGUAUCAAUAUUUACAACAGCUGGGCUUUUACAGUUCAGGGAGGUUGCUUGCUGAUUCAUCUGACGCAUCACCUAUUUCUUCUCCAUUGACACCUGUUCUUGCAUUAAACAGUGGAAAAUCUGAAGACCAGAAAUUAGUUUCUAGACCUUCAAAGGUUCAAGCAGUUUUGAAAGGCAUAAAACAGAGUCCUAAGAAGAUGAACUUGGUUGCUGCAUUAGUUCGUGGCAUGCGUGUGGAAGAUGCAUUACUGCAGUUGCAGGUGACAGUAAAGCGAGCUUCUAAAACUGUAUAUCAGGUGAUACACUCAGCCAGGGCAAAUGCAACCCACAAUCAUGGGUUUGAUCCGGAUCGCCUCAUUGUUGCUGAGGCGUUUAUUGGAAAGGGUUUCUAUAAAAAGAGAGUCUCUUACCACGCCAAAGGAAAAUGUGGGGUGAAAGUAAGACCUGAGUGUAGACUGACAGUGGUGGUGAGGGAAAUAACCCCUGAAGAGGAGGCUGAGAUAGCUAAACUAAAAGUUAGCAAUUUCCGCAAGCUAUCUAAGCGGGAAAGACAGCUUGUUCCCCAUAAGCUUAUUGAGACGUCACCGAUUUGGAACCGGAAAGGCCAAGCAAGCAGUGUAUCGGGUGGUAUGGCUGCCUGAUCAAGUGUUUAAUGUAAUCUCUCACACUCUGGUAAGAUAGAUGUCUUGCAGCGUGUAGCACAGCAGAGGAACCAGCUUGUGCAUCAAGUAGGGAUUGCUUGUGGCCUAAGAUGCUUUAACUAUGAAAUGACAUUGGAAAGGAUUACCAUUUUACAUGUCUUGAUUGAGGGAAUGGUUCUGGAUUUCAAGCAGGUGAGGUGAUAUAUGUACCAAUGCUCUGAUGAGGCAGCACAUUUUAAAUGUCUUGAUUGAGCUAGGGGGUAAUAGUUCUGGAUUUCAAGCGGCUGGUGAUGUUGACUUUGCAAAAUUAGAAUUGUAUUAUUUUUCAUAAAAAAAAUUGGGGCUAAAUCAAACUGGCCAGUGUAGAAUAAUCUUUGAACCAGAAAAACAGAUUGAUUGACUUACCUGUCUGGAUGUUCCUGCUCCUUGAUACUGAUUACUGACUCAUCUUUGAGAUAUUUUCCAUAUUUAUAAUAUCAAAGUGGUUGGAACUUGAAAUUAA